GUAGUCUAAGCGCCAAACGGCAGUUCGAUUUUAGAGGCGAGAAUUGGUAAAUGUGAAUAAAUAAUAUAUAUAAAUGAACAAAGGACAAGCUUGUUGUUUACUUAAAUUGUUAUUCUGCUAUAACGUAGGUUUUAGUUAAUAAAUAACAAAAAUAUGGCUUCAUCAAGUAAAUUACCUGGGACUGGAUUAGAAGAUGUAGGAGUACCUGGUCAAACAUUUCUCCGAGAUGCCCUUACAAGUUGUACCGAUCCAUUAAAAGCAAUUGAAGAGUUUCAACUAGAAAACGGUAUACUACUGCCCUCUUUAAGGCCUAUGCUACCUUUAUUAGAUCUUCACGGUGUUCGCAGACUCGAUUUUCAUACAUCUGUUUUAGAAGAAUUGAGAGAUAAACUAAUUUCACAUAUCAAUGAGAUGGGUACAACUAAAGACAAAAAAGAACAUGAAAAAAAACUUAAAGAACUUUUACUGAAAAGUUUUCCUGUUGUUAAAGUGAAGGCUCUAAGACCUGUUAUUAUGAGUAUUUUAAAAAAUACAUCACAUAUUGAUGAUAAGUUUUUAAAAGUGCUAGUUCGUGACAGAGAUCUGUAUAACGACACAGAUACAGAAGUAAAAAGACAAAUCUGGCAAGACAAUCAAUCAUUAUUUGGUGAUGAAGUGUCACCAUUACUUAGUCAAUACAUUAGAGAGAAAGAAAAUGUAUUAUUUGAUCAUGAGAAAGAUUCUAACAUGUUUUUUGCACCUUCACCAAAAGUGAGAAGACAAGGUGCCGUUGUACAAAAACUGGCACAUAUGAUUGGAACUAGUGUUAAACUCUAUGAUAUGGUUUUACAAUUUCUUCGUACAUUGUUUCUGCGAACAAGAAAUGUACAUUAUUGCACAUUAAGAGCCGAACUUCUAAUGGCACUUCAUGAUUCUGAAGUGCAAGAUAUUAUAUCUGUUGACCCCUGCCACAAAUUCACAUGGUGUUUGGAUGCAUGUAUUAGAGAAAGAAACGUUGAUAUUAAAAGGUCACGUGAACUACAAGGAUUCUUAGACAGUAUAAAAAAAGGUCAGGAACAAGUCCUAGGAGAUCUAUCGAUGACAUUAUGUGAUCCAUAUGCGGUUAACUUCUUGGCAACUUCUGCCAUUAAAAUUCUACAACACUUAAUCAACACAGAAGGACUUCCAAGAGACAAUACAAUAUUAAUUUUAUUACUUAGAAUGCUGGCAUUAGGUCUAAGUGCAUGGGAGAUGAUUGAUUCACAAGAUUUUAAAGAGCCUAAGCUGGACAGCCAGGUAGUAACUAAGUAUCUUCCCGCCUUGAUGUCACUCAUGGUGGAUGAUCAAGUCCGUGCUUUACAUAACAAGCUUCCUCCAGAUGAAAGAGAAUCAGCUAUUACAACCAUUGAACAUUCAGGACCUCCUCCUGAUGCCUGUGAAGCAUACAUGAGGGAAAGUGCAGUUUGUGGUGUAUUGGCUAUGUACUAUACACUCCACGCUGCUAAACUUAGAGAUAGAGGAGCUAUCCUUAGAAUUCUCAGUAUUUUGGGAAGUUGCAAAGAUGGCAGAGCUUAUGAAGAUCCAUUUUUACAUGCCCUUGUUGCUUUGUUAAUACAGCUGCCAGAUGAGUUCCAGGGGGAAGACUUCAGUACAGUUUUGUUUGAUGAAUUCUUCUUUGCUGGUUUAUCUAAAGAUAAUGUUACGAGACAUUUGUUAAAACUACUAUGGUACAUACACCCAAAGUUGCCAGAAACUAGAAUCCAAACAUUAAUGAAAGCUUUACAGCCUGGGACCCAGCAUAAUGAGUCUGUUCAUAAAUUGUAUGAAACUUUACAACAAAAAAUGAAUACUCAGACAGAGCCACCUCUAAAUACUACUGAAAUGGAAUAUUUGGAUUCUCCACUUAUGAGUGUUCCCACACCGGCACCCUUUCAUAAUAUUUAGUAUUAUUGUAACUUAACAUUUACUAUACUAUAUAUUACUAACU